AUGAAAUUCUUCAUCGAUGACCUUCCCGUGCUGUUCCCUUACCCUCGUAUAUACCCCGAACAAUAUGCCUACAUGUGCGAUCUCAAAAAGACCCUCGAUGCCGGGGGUCACUGUGUGUUGGAGAUGCCUUCGGGCACAGGGAAGACUGUUUCCCUGCUUUCGUUGAUUAUCGCCUACCAGCAACAUGGUCCGGAGCAUCGAAAACUGAUCUAUUGCUCUCGAACCAUGUCCGAGAUCGAGAAAGCCUUGAGCGAGCUGAAAGCGUUGAUGGAAUUCCGUGCCCAGCAACUAGGAUACACGGAAGACUUUCGAGCUUUGGGGUUGACGAGUCGAAAAAAUUUGUGUCUACAUCCGUCAGUCAAAAGGGAGAAAAGUGGUACAGUUGUCGAUGCGAGGUGCAGGAGCUUGACGGCAGGGUUCGUGAAGGAUAAGAAAGAGAAGGGAGAAGACGUCGAUCUUUGCACAUAUCAUGAGAACCUAGAUCUCCUCGAGCCGCACAACCUCGUUCCGCCUGGCGUAUUCACCUUGGACGGACUUCUAAGAUACGGAGAGGAGCACAAGCAAUGCCCCUACUUCUCGGCACGGCGCAUGAUGCCAUACUGUAACGUUAUCAUCUAUUCCUACCACUACCUUCUCGACCCCAAGAUCGCCGAACGAGUAUCCAGAGAACUCUCCAAAGACUGCAUCGUAGUCUUUGACGAAGCCCACAAUAUCGACAACGUCUGCAUCGAAUCGCUCAGUAUUGACAUAACAGAGGAUUCGCUGCGCAAAGCUACAAGAGGUGCUAACAACUUAGAACGAAAGAUACAGGAUAUGAAGAGCUCGGAUGCAGAAAAACUUCAAAAUGAAUAUUCAAAGCUUGUGGAAGGUCUAAGGGAAGCAGAACAGGCAAGGGAAGAAGAACAGUUCAUUUCCAACCCUGUUCUUCCGGAUGAUCUGCUCAAAGAAGCCGUGCCAGGAAACAUACGACGAGCAGAACAUUUUGUCGCCUUCCUUAGACGGUUCAUCGAAUACCUCAAAACGCGAAUGAAAGUCACUCACACGAUAUCCGAAACACCGCCUUCAUUUUUAACUCAUGUCAAGGACUUGACUUUCAUCGAGCGGAAGCCUUUGCGGUUUUGCGCCGAACGACUUACUUCGCUGGUACGGACGCUGGAGCUCAUCAAUAUAGAAGAUUACCAGCCUCUCCAAGAAGUCGCGACAUUUGCGACUUUGGUUGCGACUUAUGACAAAGGGUUUCUUCUGAUCCUUGAGCCAUUUGAAUCUGAAGCAGCCACCGUUCCAAACCCGAUAUUGCACUUCACUUGUUUAGAUGCCGCCAUUGCGAUAAAGCCAGUAUUUGAACGCUUCAGCUCCGUCAUUAUCACUUCUGGAACCUUAUCUCCCCUUGAGAUGUACCCUAAGAUGCUAGGGUUCGAUACCGUUAUGCAAGAAUCAUACAGCAUGACCCUUGCAAGGCGGUCUUUCCUCCCCAUGGUUGUCACCCGUGGAUCCGAUCAAGCACAGAUUUCAUCGUCAUUCCAAAUACGCAAUGAUCCAGGUGUUGUGCGCAACUACGGAAAUCUUCUACUCGAGUUCUCUCGCAUUACUCCCGAUGGAAUCGUCGUCUUCUUCCCGUCUUACCUCUACAUGGAGUCGAUCAUCAGCAUGUGGCAAGGAAUGGGUAUUCUGGAUUCGAUAUGGAACUACAAGCUGAUCCUCGUCGAAACUCCUGAUGCCCAGGAGUCUUCUCUCGCUUUGGAGACCUACCGAACAGCUUGUUGCAACGGCCGUGGCGCUAUCCUUCUCUGUGUCGCCCGAGGAAAGGUCUCAGAAGGAAUUGACUUUGACCACCACUACGGACGUGCGGUCCUGUGCAUCGGCGUGCCAUUCCAAUACACCGAAUCUCGCAUCUUAAAGGCACGUCUGGAGUUCCUCCGCGAAAACUACCGUAUCCGAGAGAACGACUUCCUCUCUUUCGACGCCAUGAGACACGCCGCACAGUGUCUGGGUCGUGUCCUGCGUGGCAAAGACGACUACGGAGUCAUGGUUCUGGCAGACCGUCGAUUCCAGAAGAAGCGCACACAGCUCCCCAAGUGGAUCAGUCAGGCCAUGCUGGAGAGCGAAACAAAUCUCAGUACAGAUAUGUCUGUCGCAACUGCGAAAAACUUCCUGCGCACGAUGGCCCAGCCUUUCAAAUCCAGGGAUCAGGAAGGGAUUUCCACCUGGAGCAUGGCCGACCUGGAGCGUCACAAGGAGAAGCAAAAGGUGGAGGAGGAUAGAGCAUGGAGGGAAGAGCUUGCCAAUGUGCAUCAGAUGCAGAUGAAUGGUGGCCAGAAUGGUGGUGUUGUUCGCGAGGAAUUUGACGAUGAUAUUGAUGAAGAUUUUAUGGUGAUGGAUGCAGAGUGA